AUGAUUACAGAAAUUGGAUCAAUCAAAGCGAAGUGUGAUAUGUUUAUAAGCUCAGCUAGCUACCACAGUAAGACCGUGAAUGGGCACUCAGAAAAUGUGUACCGAGUUUGUGAUGCAGUCAAAAUUCUUAAAAUUCG